GCUUCCGCUUCCGGUGGCAUGGCUGCCCAGGACCCUGAGGGUGCGCCCGCCGGGCCGGGCCAGAGGAGGGAGCAGUUCGGAAGCCGCUUCCUGAGUGACCCGUCGCACGUCUUCCACCACAACGCCUGGGACAACGUGGAGUGGACGGAAGAGCAGGCUGCGGCGGCGGAGAGGAAGGUGCAGGAGAACAGCGCCCAGCGCGUGUGCGCCGAGAAGCAAGUUGAUUAUGAGGUUAAUGCCCAUAAAUAUUGGAAUGACUUCUACAAAGUUCACGAAAAUGGGUUUUUCAAGGAUAGACACUGGCUUUUUACGGAGUUCCCUGAGCUGGCACCUCGGCCAAACCAAAAUCACUUGAAGGAUCUGUUCUUGGAGACCGAGAAAGGUGGGCUCUCUGACUGCCGAAACACUGAGGGUGGACCUGGCUUGACAACAGAACAACGCUCGUGUUCCUCAGCCAGCCUGAGAUGUGAAACGCAGACAGCCCCUGAGGGGCAGACUCAGAAAUCAAGCCCCCUGCAAAUGUGUGCUGACAAGCUGCCUGGAUCCUCGGCCACCUACCGAAUUCUUGAGGUUGGUUGUGGUGUGGGAAACACUGUCUUUCCAAUUUUACAAACUAACAAUGACCCAGGCCUCUUUGUUUAUUGUUGUGAUUUUUCCUCCACAGCUGUAGAGCUAGUCCAGACAAGCUCGGAGUAUGACCCGGCUCGCUGCUUCGCCUUCGUUCAUGACCUCUGUGACGAGGACCAGCCUUACCCGGUGCCUGAGAACAGCAUUGAUGUUGUCGUGCUCAUAUUUGUUCUUUCAGCCGUUGUUCCGAACAAGAUGCAGAAAGCUAUAAACAGGCUGAGCAGGCUUCUGAAGUCUGGAGGGAUGAUGCUUCUACGAGAUUAUGGCCGUUAUGACAUGGCCCAGCUCCGUUUUAAAAAAGGUCAGUGUCUCUCUGGAAAUUUCUACGUGAGAGGUGAUGGCACCAGAGUUUACUUCUUCACUCAAGAUGAGCUGGACACACUUUUCACCACUGCAGGACUGGAGAAGGUGCAGAAUCUGGUGGACCGACGAUUGCAGGUGAACCGAGGGAAGCAGUUGACCAUGUACCGAGUUUGGAUUCAGUGCAAGUACCGAAAGCCCCUCUUGCCCAGCACGUAAGAGGCGCCCGCUCCUGUUGGGACUCACGUUCGCAGUUUUGGGGUCACUAAAAAGAACAUAAAUGGUGCCUGGUUACCGUUGGACAGCCUAAGGAUCCAGACGAGGCCCGGGCGUGGUGGGUUCCGCCCAUGGCCCCUGCACGUUCCAGGCCAGGCCGAGCUGCACAGCAGGACACUGUCUCAGGACAAAAGAGUUCAAACAAGGACGGGGUGAAGCUCAGCGGUAGAGCGCUUGCCUGGCGCAGUAAGACCCGAGGUUCCAACUCCAGAGCAGCAAAGAGAAAAAAUUCAAAACCUUUACUCCUGAACCUAGAAAAAUGUACUUAUGAGCAAGAUAAACGAUUUUGUCUUAUCGGUGAGGCCCGUCGACAUUAAUGUAGUACCUGAAACUGAACUCAGGACCUUGUGCCUGCCAGGCCGGCGCUGGGCCUCUGAGCUGUAUCCCCAGCCUAACACAGACUUUUUGCAAGUUGUUCGAGUUCUCAGUCUUGUCAUUUUGUAAUUGAAUGAAUUUCUUAAUAAAUGA